AUGAAGCCAGAUCAACUGUACGUAAUCCCACUCAGAGCCUCUGCCAUUACGAAGUCAGCCCAUGAAGAUCAGCACAUUUCCACAACUGUACUGCUAUCUGGCUGGCUGGCAUCCUACAUUCAAGUGAUGCUCACUGCCAAUGAAGAAUUGUAUGCGUGGUUUUUUUGCUGUGUAGCUGGAAUGGAACUACUGAACAUGUUGUCCACACGGUCGUCGGCCGCAUCGGUCUCCAGGGAUCCUCUCGACCUGGAUUACUCUGGUGUUUUUGACAAGCUGACGGCCGUACUGAAAUGUGUACCGGUGUACGACCAUAUCCCUAAGCCAUGCAGGGAGAAGUUCGCACAUGAUCUGAACGCCUUGCUGACGGCUGUUUGUAAUGACCUUGGUGACCCGGCUCACUGGGUUAGACUCCACUGUUUUGUCCCAUACGUCUUACAGAAGACUUCCAGAGGGGGUCGCCGGGUCAACCAGGGCAAUCUAGUCAACAAGCGUCUAAGCGAAUAUUCAACUAUUGGUUUUGAAACCCUGGUACUGUGCUUUGAUGGGUUCAAUAAUGCCAAAUCACAAAAGCACAACCCCGAUCGGUGGAUCAACGCUGUGUCAUCUUGUAUUGAACAGGAAAACCUGUCCUCGGCUGUCAGACAUGUCUGUUCGCCGGAGGGCCUGGCGGAGAGCUCGCCAACCACUUUCGAUAAAUUAUGUUCCAUCCACCCAAACAUUCCGGUGGACAGGCGGGUCUUCCCCGCAUUGGCACCAACGGCUGGUUGCGUUUCUCCCGCCGAAGUGCUGAGGGCCGUUAAAUUGUUCAAAAACGGUUCUUCUGGAGGCCUGGAUGGCCUACGACCCCAACACCUUAAGGAUGUUUUUUCUGGCCUCUUGCCAAUCGACGACACACUGAACUCCUUAACCCAAUUCAUUAAUUUGAUCCUAUCUGGAGCUUGCCCACUUUCCGUCCGCCGUUUGCCCAAAUUGAUGUACUUCCUGCGUACAUCCAAACACAUUGAUCUUUCUAAAUUGGGCGAAUUUGACAGAGCACUGCGCACCGCCCUGUCGUCGAUUUGCAAAGUUCAAAGAGCCGGUAGAUGUUUGGCGUGGGAUGUUACGGUCCCUGGCACCCUUGCCAAACGAUAUGUAAACCUGACAAGUAAAGAAUGCGGUUUGGCCGCGGCCAGAGCAGCGGACGAGAAAAUGAAAAGAUAUGGGAACGCCCUCCCCUCGAUGGAAUUUUUGCCUAAUUUCUUAAGGCAAUAUAGCAGUGGUGUUGGCAAGAAAAAGUUUAAGUGA